CAUAUGAAGCUGAGCAUAUAACAGCAAGUGAUCACAAGUUACUUUUAGCCAAAAUAGAAACAGGAUUAUACGAGAGAAAAGUACCUUUUGCAAGACUUCGUAAAAAAGAUCGAGCCAGGGUCUGUAUAGAUCUUAAAAAAAUAAUUGAAGAGGAUUGGAACAAUUAUAAAGAAAAACUAGAAAAAGAAUUAAAGAAACUCUUCAAAAAUAAAGAAAAAGAAAAAAUACAAAGAGCAAUUCAAAAAGUGGCAAAAAGUACACUACCUAAAAAAGAAAAGACAUCUGAAUUUCAAGACCACCAAAUUGAAAAUGAGGAGUUGAAGGAUUUGAAGAAAGAUAUAAGAGUAACGGGAAAAUGGUGUCGUAAGCUUAAAAAACCCUCACAUUUCAAGAAUACAACAAACUCAUAUGAAGAGCAGCAAGUACACAAGAUUGCCAAGAAAAAACGAAUGACAGAAGAGAGCUUGAGAUAUGGUAGAAGAACCUUUACAAAACAUGGCAAUCAAAAAAGAGAAAAGCAGAGGAAAAAGAAAUACAAGAAUAUAUUGAAAGAAGGCAUGCGAUAA